AGUGGCGGGGCAGCCCCGCCCCCGGCCGCCGGGGCCCUCAGUUGAGCAGCGGACGCGCCGGGUUUGAGUGGCGCGGGCCGGGCUCGGGGAAGGCCCCGGUAUUGCAGACUCGGGUGGCUACUCGCCGGGCGGGUGGCGGCCGCAGCGGCCUCGGCUCCGCAACAUGUCCAGCUCCGGAGAGGAGAUGCCGAAUGAAGAUGAACCAAAUACCAUUGACCUAAUGAAUAGCAUAAACCUAAUGGAGUUUUCUGAUGAGAUCCUUUUGCACAUCCUGAGUUAUAUCCCCAGCACAGACUUGAUUUUGAAUGUUAGGAGAACCUGCAGGAAGUUGGCAACUCUUUGUCUUGACAAAAGUCUCACCCAUACAGUGCUGCUUCAUAGGGAUUAUCAGGCCAGCGAAGAUAAAGUGAGACAACUGGUGAGGGAGAUUGGGAAAGAGAUUCACCAGCUGAACAUGGCUGGCUGCUACUGGCUGUCUGGUACCACAGUUGAGCAUGUGACACGCUGCAGGAACCUAGUGAAAGUGAACUUGUCAGGCUGCCAUCUUACUUCUAUCCGACUUUCUAAGAUGCUGUCAGCCCUCCAGCAUUUGCGCUCUCUGGCCAUUGAUGUCAACCCUGGCUUUGAUGCCGGCCAGUUGAGCAGCGAAUGUAAAGCCACUCUCAGCCGGGUGUUAGAGCUGAAACAGACCCUAUAUACACCAUCAUAUGGGGUGGUGCCUUGCUGUACCAGUCUUGAAAAACUGUUGCUUUAUUUUGAAAUCCUAGACCGUACCCGGGAAGGAGCGAUUCUUUCAGGCCAGCUAAUGGUGGGCCAGAGCAAUGUGCCCCACUACCAGAAUCUUCGUGUGUUUUAUGCUAGAUUGGCCCCUGGCUAUAUCAAUCAGGAGGUAGUAAGGCUGUAUUUGGCCGUGCUCAGUGAUCGAACCCCUGAAAACCUUCAUGCCUUUCUUAUUUCGGUUCCGGGUAGCUUUGCAGAGAGUGGAGCCACUAAAAACCUCCUGGACUCCAUGGCUCGCAAUGUCUCCUUGGAUGCAUUGCAGCUUCCCAAAUCCUGGCUUAAUGGCUCCUCACUCCUUCAGAAUAUGAAGUUCAACAACCCAUUUUACUUCAGUUUCAGCCGCUGUACUUUGUCUGGAGGACACCUGAUUCAGAGAGUAAUUAAUGGGGGAAAAGACCUCAAAAGCUUAGCCAGCUUGAAUCUCAGUGGUUGUAUUCAUUGUCUGUCUCCAGACUCAUUAUUUCGCAAAGCAGAGGAUGAUAUUGAUAGCAGCAUCCUGGAAACACUGGUUAUGUCCUGCUGCAAUCUGAAACACUUAAAUCUGUCUGCAGCACACCAUCAUAGCUCUGAAGAUUUGGGGAAGCAUUUGUGUCAGCUCUUAGCUCAGCUUCAACACCUACGUUCUUUAUCCCUUCCUGUUUGCUCCAUUGCGGACUCUGCACCAAAGGCAGAUAAGGCACCCACACAGAUGGUGACUAAUGCAGUGCCCCGAGGAUUUGGAAAGAAAGUCCGAAUUGGAGUGCAGACAUAUCCCAGGACCGUGUCUUCUGAGUCAGUGACUCAGAAGCCAUCCUCUGUUUUCUGGACUCUUCUGGAGAAUGUACCAUUUUUGGAAACCCUGGAGUUAAUUGGGUCCAAUUUUUCUUCUGCCAUGCCCCGGAAUGAGCCUGCCAUUCGAAACUCACUACCCCCCUGCAGCCGUGCACAGAACGUUGGGGAUGCUGAGGUGGCUGCCAUUGGACAGCUGGCAUUUUUACGGAAUUUGACACUGGCUCAGCUGCCCAGCAUUCUUACAGGCUCUGGGCUCAUUAGCAUUGGGUUGCAGUGCCAACAACUGCAGACACUAUCAUUGGCCAAUCUGGGCAUGAUGGGGAAAGUGGUCUACAUGUCUGCCCUCUCUGAUAUGCUAAAGCACUGCAAACAGCUAAAAGAUCUCAGACUAGAGCAGCCCUACUUCAGUGCGAAUGCUCAGUUCUUCCAGGCUCUGAGUCACUGCUCUUCUCUUCAGCGCCUCUGUAUCAUCUCCCGAAGCGGUACUCUACAGUCAGAUGCUGUGAUGUCAUUCAUGGGCAGCUGCCUUGGGCUCAUCAUGUGCCACAUGUUUACAGGAGAGUCCCUCACUGCCUGCAAGAAUCUUCAGCAGUCCAUUGUUCGAAGUUUCCAGGCAGAGCGUCCAGCACUAAAUGUCGUCAUUUUCCCCCUGCUCCAUGAGGGCUUGACUGAUGUCAUCAGAGAUGUCCCCAUGAUGCACCUGGAUGAGAUUACCUUGUUCAAAAGCAGAGUGGCUGAAGAACCACCAAACCUGUGGUGGUGAUGGCUCCAUCAGGAAAUGGGAUGGUCUGCAUCAACAGGUGAAAUCAUUUUCCUUUAGCCUGAACUUUACCCUCCUCAUCCCUCACCAAUUUCUUCAGCUUACAGCUGCCUUAUUGGAUGCUUUAGAAUCACUUCAGUCCAAUUCCACCACAAAGCCAGAUGAGACUGGACAUUUCCAUGGGCACGUGAAUGUGGUCAUUGGGUUAUUCUGCUGCUGCUUGUGCUCUCCAGUACUCUGCUGAGAAGCCCCAUCGGAGUGGUUUGGCCGUUUCCUUGUGGUUGAUACCAGUUCUUUGGUUUGUAAUGUAAAAGGGAAGAAAAUAUUCCCUCUUCAUCCCACUACAUUCCACUCAAUAUGUUUCACUAGGGCUUUUGUGUGUGCUUAGCAGUACAUUUUGUAACCUUUUCUCUUUUAGACACUUUCUUUGUGACUACUUGUUGCUUUGGUGAGAUUUAUAUUGAGAGUUAAAUGUUAACAGGACUACAAGAGGAGAGUGAAGUGGACAGCCUUAAAAGGGGAGGACUAAUUUAGUUAAAAUAGAUGUGGUGCUUGGUACCCAGGCAUGAGGUACCAUGUGUGUACUUGCACAUGAAAAAAUAUAUCAGGAUAACAUCUCUAUGAGUGAUAUAAUCUAUUGACUCGUUUCAAAGACCAGUGUACUGUAACCUUUCUUUCAGCAGACUUUUAUAUGAACACUGCCAUAGUCUCCACAUUCAGCCAUUUGCACUUAGCCCUUGCCCCUCCCUGCUUUUGACCCUAGGGACACUUGAACCUUCCGAAGAGUACGUGUAUUGAGUAGAUUUAUUCCUUCACUUGGUAUCACGGAGCUAGGAAAGACUGGCUCAGAGAGCCCGGGAGCAAAUCCAGCCUCCUCCAGGAUGUGCUCCCUUGCAGCCCACUUAUCUCCACCUCUGACUCCAUUUGCAUCUUGGAUGAAGCUCAGGACCAGUCUUUGCCAGGUGUAUGUGAGCCUCUGGGCCUGAGAUAAUGAAGGGAGGGUUCUCUAUUCUUGCAGCAGCUUGGGGACUGUGUACCAUCCAGGGAGGGGGAGUUUUAAGUCUUUAGGCUGCCCCAAGACAAGGUGGAAAGGGGAUGGGCAUACUCUCUUCCCAUAGCAGCUUGGCAAAAAAAGUAGCUGUGGAAUCCCUCGAGGAGUUUGGGCAGAGUCCCUGAAAGAGUCGGGUGUUUAAAGGGGAGAUUCAGCAGAUGAAGAAAAGCAGCCUGGAGGAAAAAUAAGAACUUAGUCCAUGACAUAGAAGUUGCUGCUUUGUCUUUGGCAGGGCACCAUGAAAUUAGGGGUGCUCUGGACACCUUGGGGUGGCCCUUCCUUUGUGGCUGCUUCCACUGGAGGGCACUCAAUACUAGAAGUCUCAGGAUGUGCACAGAAGGCCUGAACAUGGGCUGGAAUUCCAGAAAACCUGCGUUGAUUUAAAAUUGGUCUCACUCUUCAGUCAAGAUUUGGUGGUUGUGGCCCUCCAAGACCGAGAAGAACCAUCUUCUCUGCCAUUGUGGGGUUGUUGCAUAGAUGGGUGGGGUCUGAUACUUUACAGCAGUGCAGGGAAAGCAGUAGCAAAAUGCCUGGACCUACUACCUGGCUAGCGGAUUUCAAGCCCAAGAAAACUUUGGAAGGUGGGGAGAGGUUGGGGGUGGUGAUAGUGGCACUGAUGGCAGCAGCUCAGCUUUGCAGUGUGCAGUCUCUGGAUUCUCUUAUCCUUGUAGCUUCUAACACCAGGCAGGGUGUUUUUUUGGCUCUUACCAAAUUAUCAGGGGCCAUCAACUGAUACUUUCUAGGCAUUCUCUCUAAGGAGAAUUCACCAACUUGUGUCUUCAGGGACUUAAGUGAAUCAUUCCCCUAGAGGAUUUCUUUUGCCUGUUUUUCCUGGUAUCCCAGCCUUUCCUCCUUGUUCGGCCAGGUUUUGUAGCAACACUAAGCCAACAACAUGAUAUAUCACCAUUUUAACUUCAAUACUAGCUCAUAAUUAAAAUGAGCUUGUUCCUCUUCUCUGUGAUGCCUGGAAUUCACCUUAUAAUAGCUGGCUGACAGUCACUAGUGGAUGCCCAAUACCUCACAACCUCUACCUUUAACUUCUGGUGGAAAUUUUGCUUCUCUUGUAACCAUUCCUUUGCCAGUGCCCUUCAUCAUCAUGUUUAAAGUCUUAUUUUUUUUGCUCAAGACUUUUUAUUCCUCUUUAUUACUUAUCCAGUUCCUGAUCUCAUUUUUCCAUUUCCUCUCUUAGCUGUACCUCCCUUUCAUUUAUCUGCCAAUACCUCUGGUGACCCACCUUCAAAAAACCUGCCAGACAAACCAACCUUUUCCUCUUAUUGCUCACAUUGUAGAGAGUACAGUGUUUAUCAGAUAAGCUUCCUAAUUCUCCUAUGCCCCCUCCUGGGUGCACAUCCUCUUCCUCCCAAGGAUUGAGAUCUAAUCCGUAUAAUAACUACUUCAAGGCAAGUUGUGAUUCUUCGUUUUCCCUGCCAUAUGAACGUUAUUGGCCCAAUUAAGUAUUUUAUGAAGCAUUUUUCAUAAAAGGACUUUUAACAGAUCUCCCAGGUUCUUCUUGAAGUCAGAUUCCAGAAAGUGGGUAGUAAGUUGAAUCUCCUCUUAUUAUAAGCUCCCACCUUCUACCUUGCUGUAACUUUGGGGACACAGAGUAACUUGGAUCCUCAAAAAGAUGAAAGUAUUUGGAUCACUUUAUUCCCUAUCUCAGGGAGCCCAAGAACCAACUCAGUGUCUGCACAGGUAAAGCUCCUUUGCAUAUCCCACUUCUAGAAUGUUCCAGAGCUCCUGGACUAUUUCAGUUCCACUGAACUAAUGAUACAUAAUAUAACAUAUGACCCUGAGACUUAGAUAUACAGGUGGGUACCAUUUUAUUUGCUCCUGUUUUUCUUAAGUUCUACAAAGCUAUAAAGGUACCUUUGAAUAUGGUCUGAAAUAGAAUCCAAAAUUAAACAACUCUAGCAGCAGUAUGUGUCUUGAUAGGCAUAAACACUAACAUACAUUGGUGCCAUCAUGCAAUUUGCCUUAGUCUUUGUUUUGCUAUAGGAGGUCAUCUGAAGUCUUCUUGGUGAUCUGUAGGCAAACAUUUCAGUGCUUAUUCCAGAGUAUCAAGGAUUAGUUGAAAAGCAUCAUCUAAAAAUGAAACUCUCUUCACAGCUAGUCUUACAGAGAUUCCAGAAAAUGCUACGUAUUGAGGAGCUAGGUAUGAAUGGAGAUGGGCAUGGGUGGAACACAAAUGAGCAGCACAUUUUUGCUUCCUUGCUUAACCUGAGAGAUUGUGCUCUGUGGAUACAAGUCAGUCGGCCUUGGUUUGGAGGAUAGGACCUAUCUUGCAUGAUGGAAAAUGGUGGGCUGCACAGCAGCCGGAUAGAAAGUCCUGGAUAGAAAGAAUGACCUUUCUCUGUACAUCAGGUCAAGCUGUAAACACACUGCUGAUUGCACUUCAGACCUGAAUGCAUUGUAAGAAGACAUAUAGUCAAGAUUAAUUACCAGUGCAUCAUUUUUAGGAGAGGUCGAUGAGAUUCUGUCAAGCAGGUGUACUAGCACAUUAGAGUUCCUCAUCAUGGAGUGAAUCUUUAUCCUGGGCAUGAUGUCUCGUUUUAAAAGAUAUGUAUAGCCUUAAUAGAUGUAAUAGAUCACUUGAGGUCUUCAUCUUGAUCUGUAGGCAAACGUUGCUAAUUUCAAUGUCUAGUGCAAAGCAUCAGUGUCUACUUUACAUGAAUCAUCUGGAAAAUAAAAUUGCCCUUACAGUCACUGUCUAGAGUUGCUCAAGGUUGGCCACAUAUCUGAAAUGCUGUCAUAAAGCUAGGUAUGAAAAAAGAUAAACACAGGUCGGAAUCCACUGAACAGUAUGGGUCUGCUAAGUCCAGUCUUCUACCCACACUGGGCACCUGGAGGUAGCUUCAAAUGUGUAGAGAGACUGUUCAUUCCAGCAGUCCUCACUUGGUGUGUCCCUGACCCUAAUAGGUAUACCAUAUCCCAGGUCACUUCGAGCAGAUAUGAUGCUCAUACCACAUGCCAUGAUGCAGCAAGGGACAACUCCACAUAAGCCAUCACCACAGUACUUUUAUGGUUUUAUAGUUUGGGCCCCCCAAGGGGUGUUUGAUGAUCCUUCCUGUGGUGAUGGCAGUUUCAAGUGUUAUCUGAUAUGGGACCUGAACCAAAUAUCUCUGAAAUGGCUGUUUUUGCUAAAGAUUUGCUCAAGAAGAUGGGAUUCUUCACUGCACAGAAUGAGCUUACUAGCCCAAUUAAGGAAAUGGUCUAUAGAAUACUCUGCACACACAUUGGUCCUAACAAAUUCAUAGUAUUCUUAUCGCUUCCACACCCUUAUGAAUUCCAUUGCUGUAUCGAGAGACAUCUCUGCUAAUCCUAAUUACAAAGGCUCUGACAUGCCUUGUUGUAGAACAUCUCACUGCUAUGUCACACCAAAGGACGUCCAAUAACCAGGAUUGAGAUUCUCUUUCAUGAUGAAGGGGUGGGGUGAUAGCCAAAUCCUUGAUAUCUGUCAUGUAUUUAGUGGACAGUAGUAAAA